AUGGAUGAAAUAUCACUCUCUUUUGAUUUUUCUUAUAAUACUACUUUAGAAAAAUCAGAUUCAAAAACUGUAAGUCUUCAUACUAUAGGUUAUGAGAAGAGAAAUUUUAUAGUUAUUUUAUCAUGUAUGGCUGAUAGUACAAAACUUCUAGCUGUUAUAUUUUUUAAGUUAAAAACUUGGCUAAAAAAAGAAAAAUUUCUAAGUAGAAUUUAUAUGCAUAAUAAGAAAAAAGAUAUUGCUAUAAUUCCAUCUAGUUUAACUUCAAAACUACAACUACUUGAUGUAUCUAUUAAUCAAAGUUUUAAAGCAACAAUAGCUAAUGAAGUAUAUGAACUUACUAAAACUAGCAAUAUUUCUCUUGAAACUGAUAGCUCAGAAGAUGAUCUCUUAUUUGACUAUGAAGGGGUAGAAGAUAUCUUGAAAGCUGAUCAAUAUGAUGAAUUUGAAACUAUUAAAAUAAACAAUAAUGAAUAUCCUAAAGAAGAAUAUAUAAACUAUUUUGCAGAAAAUAUAAAAACAAGCUCUAAUAAAGACAGGUCUGAUUAUUUAUAUAGGUCUGAUGAUUUAUAUAGGUCUGAUAAUUUAUAUGAGUCUGAUAAUUUAAGUGAGUAUAAUAAUUUAUAUGAGUCUGAUAAUUUAGAAUAA